UUCCAUCAGUUUCGUCUGCUAGGAAGUCUAUCCCGUGAAUUGUCAAAUUCGAACAGAUUCACUUUUCCAGAUUCACGUGACUGACUGGAUUUAUCCGAAAACAUCUUCCUUCCGGCUUUUCCCAGCAGAUUCAUACCGUUUGUUUGGUUUCAUCGACAUCUGAUCUCUGUUUUACAAUUAUCAUGGCACCUAACGUUCAGCCGAAGAUGAAGGCCUUCGAAACAAAAAGUAAACCGGCCGAAAUUCGUUCGAGCAAUAUCGAAGCAGCCAAAGCUGUGGCUGACGCUAUCCGCACAAGCCUGGGACCCCGAGGAAUGGACAAAAUGAUUCAGUCGGGUAAAGGAGAUGUAACAAUUACAAAUGAUGGAGCUACCAUUUUGAAACAGAUGAAGCUUGUCCACCCAGCUGCAAAAAUGUUGGUUGAGCUAUCCAAAGCUCAAGAUGUGGAAGCUGGAGAUGGUACAACCAGUGUUGUAGUUCUUGCUGGCAGUUUCCUGGAGGCAGCACAGAAACUCCUAGAAAAAGGAAUUCAUCCAACUGUGAUUAGUGAAUCUUUCCAGAAAGCUUCUGCUAAGGCUGUUGAAAUUUUGGAAGCAAUGGCCACUCCUAUGAAGCUGGAAGAUCGCCACAGCUUGUUGAUGAGUGCCACCACAUCUCUAGGAUCCAAAGUUGUAUCACAACACUCGGCACUCUUGGCUCCACUUGCAGUAGAUGCAGUUCUCAAAGUUAUUGAUCCAUUGAAGGAUCAUGAUGUGGAUCUCAGAGACAUUCGAGUCAUUCAUAAACUUGGCGGAACUGUCGAUGAUACAGAGCUAGUAGAGGGAUUAGUACUUGAUCAAAGAAGCGCUGGAAGCGGUGGCCCUUCUCGUAUGGAAAAGGCUAAAAUUGGCUUAAUUCAGUUCUGCAUCUCGCCUCCCAAGACCGAUAUGGAUAAUCAAGUUGUCGUAUCGGACUACAACGCAAUGGAUCGUGUCUUGCGUGAGGAACGUGCUUACAUUCUCAAUGUAGCUAAGCAAGUUAAAAAAGCUGGCUGCAACGUUUUGCUGGUUCAAAAAUCUAUUUUACGAGAUGCUGUGAGUGAGUUAGCUCUUCACUUCUUUGACAAAAUGAAGAUCAUGGUCGUCAAGGAUAUCGAGAGGGAAGACAUUGAAUUCAUUACUAAGACAUUAAACUGUCGACCUAUCGCCAGUCUUGAUCACUUCUUGCCCGAAUAUAUGGCAUCAGCGGAUCUAGUUGAAUCCGUCCCUACCGGCACUUCUAAAGUUGUAAAGAUCACAGGCAUCCAAAAUGUAGGGAAAACGGUUUCGGUCAUCGUUAGAGGUAGCAACAAGCUAGUUCUGGAAGAGGCUGCUAGAUCUCUUCACGAUGCUCUUUGCGUCAUCCGCUGUCUGGUCAAGAAAAGAUUUAUCAUUGCUGGCGGUGGGGCUCCAGAGACUGAACUUGCGUACCAGUUGACUCAAUAUGCACAGGGAUUGCCGGGUGUUGAAGCUUAUUGCCUCCGUGCGUUUGCUGAAUCUCUGGAAGUGAUCCCAAUGACCUUGGCUGAAAAUGCAGGUCUAAACCCCAUUGCUACCGUGACUGAUUUGAGAAACAAACACGCAUGCGGGUUUAAAUCGUCUGGUAUCAACGUUAGGAAGGGUGCCAUCACUAACAUGCUGGAUGAAGGAGUAGCGCAGCCCCUUUUGGUCACGACAAGCGCUAUUACUUUGGCUUCGGAAACCGUCCGUUCCAUUCUGAAGAUUGACGAUAUCGUCAACGCUCUUUACUGAGGCGCCCCUACCUAGUGUGAAACAAACAAAUCACCCGGCCUAAGCUUGCUUUAUCUGCAUCCAUUUCUGUGCCGCUCUCUUGUCUGCUGCUACUAUUGCUUCUUUAAUACAAAAUUCCUCACGCGU